GAGCGCGCGGAGAAGCAGCUUCAGGGAUCAGCCAACCUGAGCAUGUUGACCUGAUCCGAAAUGGACGACCCGGCCAACAGCAGCUCGGCUCUGUCGGACUACUUCCUGUCCAGUGACGGCCUGGACUAUGAGAUUCAUCCGGACGACAUCCCGGACACCACGCAGGGCCGGGCCUUCUUCGUGGCCACCAUCGUCAUCGCCGUGGUCCUGGUGGGCAUCAUGUUGGUCUGCGGCGUGGGGAACUGUCUGUUCAUCGCCAGCCUCGCCCGCUACAAGCAGCUCCGCAACCUGACCAACCUGCUGAUCGCCAACCUGGCGGUGUCGGACGUGCUGGUGGCGGCGGUGUGCUGUCCCUUCCUGCUGGACUACUACGUGGUGAAGCAGCUGUCGUGGGAUCACGGCCUGCUGCUCUGCGCCUCCACCAACUACCUGCGCACCGUCUCCCUCUACGUGUCCACCAACGCACUGCUGGCCAUCGCUGUGGACAGGUACAUGGCCAUCCUCUACCCUCUGAGGCCUCGUAUGAAGAUCCAGACGGCGUACUGCGUGAUCCUGACGGUCUGGAUCGUCCCCAUCUUCAUCUCCAUCCCCUCCGCCUACAUGGCCUCUGAGAUGACGUACCCACACGUGGAAGGUCGCCCCCACAAGACCUUCUGUGCUCAGAUCUGGCCCGUGGACCAGCAGGUUUACUACCGCUCCUACUUCCUCCUCAUCUUCGCCCUGGAGUUCAUGGGCCCGGUGACCGUCAUGGCUGUCUGCUACAUCCAGAUCUCCAGGGAGCUGUGGUUUAAGGACGUCCCGGGUUUCAAGACGGAUCAGAUCCGGAAGAGGCUCCAGAGACGUCGGAGGACGGUGGUGGUGCUGGUUCUGGUGCUGGCGGCCUACGUCCUGUGCUGGGGGCCGUACUACGGCUUCACCCUGCUGCGGGACUUCUACCCCACGCUCAUAUCCAGGGACAAGAACUCCCUGGUGGUCUUCUACAUCAUCGAGUGCCUCGCCAUGAGCAACGGGGUCAUCAACACCCUCUGCUUCAUGAGCGUCCGACACAACAACAAGCGCCUGAAGAAGGCGGGAAAGUUCCAGCUGAGGCUGGUGACGUUCGUGGCCGUCAAGUCGGUGGAUGACGGCGAGGCACGGACCUGCUCCCUCCGGGUGACGGAGGACGCCGAGGGGGCUCGGCUAAAGUAGAGGUUCAAACAGCAGGCUGGAUCUGCUGCAGCUCGUCCAGAAACAGGUCAAAGAGGCGAACAAAAAGCGGGAGCUUUCAACCCUUAUUACCCGACCAGAGAUGCCGGUGCCUCCAACAGGAGUGCUGCAGGAAGGAGUCCUAAAACCCAGAAAUGAGUCAGCAUUUUUACACUUCCGCGGGUGCUGAUAAGAGGCCAAAUGAAACCACAAAACGCCAUCACGCAGAACACUGGUCCUCCUUUAGCUUAGUGGUGAUGACAAGAUGUCAUGUGACCGUGGUGUAGCU